CUCUUCAUCAUCUUUUUUCCUCAUUUAUUCGCCCCCUUUUUCAAUUUCCUUCCUCCAUUUCCAGAUACUGGAACACGCACAAAACACACACACAUACGCACAUUCCUAAUCAAAUCAAAAUCAAAAUCAAAUCCGAUUCCUCUAACGUCAAGCAAUUUUCAAGAUUCCCCUAAAAAAUUUCCCAAUUCCUGCAGAAAAUAUCUCACAUACUCAUACCACAAAGAAAAAAAAAUCCUGCUGCAAAGAAGAAUAUUAAAUAAUAAAUAAAUAAUAGACAAACCCUUCAUCUUCCCCCCUUGUGUGUAAUUCGACGAUCUUGCACUUUCCGUGAAUUUCCUUUUUCGCGCAGGAAGAAAAAUCGAGAUAUUUUCUAUUAUUCAACUGUUUUCUGAUUUUCUUAGCAUUGCGGCGAAUAUUUCUGAAAUUUUUAGGGUUUUAUUCCAGAGGCGUGAUCAACUAGAUAUUUUUAUUCUUGGGAUAAUAGGAACUUCUGUAUUAUGGUAGAGAACAGUUGGUGUUGAAUACUAUAUAUAGGUCAUAUGUAAAUAUAUAGUUCUUGCGUAACAAGGGUUGGCUCUUCUUCUUCUUCUGAUUACAAUUUCGUAAACCUCCAGAUUACGCGGUGUAUUGGGUAAAAAUUGCAUUUGCUUGUUGUAGACUACAUUCUGUAGGUGGUUUCUGAAGAAAAUUGUGAUUCCUGUUUGAAUUGAAAGAUAAUACGCCGGGUCGAUUAUAGUUUUAGUAAGGUGUAUAAGAAGGUAGUAGUGUAUGGGAGAAAAUGAGGUAUGGGCUGAUCCAGGUGGGCCAUUGCCAAAUGGGCUUUUGCCAGGGGCAGGUCCAGUAAUGCAGGCCCUCGAUUCCGACCGAUGGAUGAGAGCGGAGGAGAGGACUGCAGAGCUCAUUGACUGCAUUCAGCCCAAUACUCCUUCUGAGGAGCGAAGGAAUGCCGUUGCAGAUUAUGUACAACGGCUCAUUAUGAAGUGCUUCCCCUGUCAGGUCUGUACCUUUGGAUCUGUACCCUUAAAGACUUAUCUACCUGAUGGAGACAUCGAUUUGACUGCAUUCAGUCACGACCUGACUUUGAAAGACACAUGGGCCAAUCAUGUUCUAGAUAUGCUACAGAAUGAGGAAAAGAAUGAGAAUGCUGAAUUUCAUGUGAAGGAGGUUCAGUAUAUCCAAGCAGAUGUAAAAAUAAUUAAAUGUCUUGUAGAAAAUAUUGUGGUGGACAUAUCUUUUAAUCAAGUUGGUGGUUUAUGUACACUCUGCUUCCUUGUCGAGGUUGAUAAUCUAAUAAAUCAGAAUCAUUUGUUCAAGCGAAGUAUUAUCUUGAUUAAAGCAUGGUGUUACUAUGAAAGCCGUAUACUGGGUGCCCACCACGGACUCAUAUCUACCUAUGCCCUGGAGACUUUAGUUCUUUACAUCUUUCACGUGUUCAACAAUACCUUUCAUGGACCUCUUGAGGUUCUUUAUCGUUUUCUGGAAUUCUUCAGCAAUUUUGACUGGGACAAUUUUUGUGUUAGCUUAUGGGGACCUGUACCAAUUAGUUCCUUACCCGAUAUAACUGCGGAACCUCCUCGAAAGGACGGUGGAGAAUUGCUACUCAGCAAGGUGUUUCUUAAUGCUUGUAGCAAUACAUAUGCUGUUUUCCAAGGUGGCCAGGAAAAUAAUGGACAGCCGUUUGUUUCGAAGCAUUUUAAUGUUAUUGAUCCACUACGUGUGAACAAUAACCUUGGACGCAGUGUUAGUAAAGGUAAUUUUUAUAGGAUUCGAAGUGCAUUUGCUUUUGGAGCUAAGAGACUGGCUAGAUUACUGGACUGUCAGACAGAAAACAUAGUUUUAGAAGUUAAUCAGUUCUUCAUGAAUACAUGGGAGAGGCAUGGCAGUGGUCAUAGGCCUGAUGCUCGAGAGAUUGACUCAUCACGCACGAGAUUAUCGACUCCCGAUGGUCGUCAUGAAUUUGGGAAUUCUAGCAAUAAUACUAGUGGCAAUAAUGGAAAUCAAAACUCUCACGUGCAAAGUUUGAAAAGUCAAAAUUUAAAUAGUAUGCCAGUUACCGAUCAAAGUGGAAGAAGAGAAAACCCUGCUGACGGAGUUCAGAGAGGUAUGGAGUCUGAUCAUUUGGUGAACGACACUCAGGGCAGGUUUCUUUUUGCUCGAACACGCUCUAGUCCUGAACUUACUGAUGCAUAUGGUAAUGUCUCGUCUCGAGUACAGCGUAACACAGAAGCAGAAGCUGCAAAUGCUCGUGCUACUCCUACUAGUUCAUCUUUGAAGCAUGUUCCUCCCCAACAAAGUCUUGACGCUGCUUCUGACUCCAUUAGCGGUUUAAACAGCUAUCAUCUAGAUUUACGUUUGGAUGGUUCAAGUGAAGAGCUCUUGUCCACCUCUGCAGCACAGGUAAUGUACCAGCAGGAGGAACAAGACAUGGUGAACAUGAUGGCAUCUGCUUCACUCCAAGGUUUCAACGGACAAUUUCCGUUCAAUUUAAACUUGGGUCAUCUACCUUUCUCGAUCCCGCCAUCUUUUUUUGCUUCGAUGGGAUACAAUCAACGAAAUCAUCCAGGAUUUCUUCCUCCAAAUAUUCCUUUCAUUGAUCCACAGUUUUCAAAUAUGCAAUUUCCUCAUGGUUUAGUUCAACCCCAGAUGGCUCAUUAUUUCCCUGGAACUGAGAUUAAUGCACCGUCUGAAGCAUCUGACCGAAACAAUGAGAAUUCAGAAGAACUCGACAAAAAUUUCUGGCAGGAGCAAGACGCUAACUCCUCUCCCAGCUGUGACCCUGAGAGGGGCAAUUUUGACAUUCCACAAUCUGCUGAUAAACCACUACAACAGGCAUCUGGUUCAAAGUAUGUUCCACCACCUCGAGUAAGUACCUCUGGUAGUGCCAAGAAGCAUACGAGAGAAAAACGUGGAUCUGCGCGAAAAAACGGUGAUAGCUUCCCUAUCCAGGAUGAUAGAAGAAGUGAGGUUCAAGCGGAAGAAAGGUCAGCGAAUUCAAGGUUCUCAUCAGCCACUCGUAGCAAUUCUUGGAGAAGUAGAACUUCUUCGGAGAGCUCAUGGGAUGGAUCAUCAGUGAAAACGCCCAAGUCGACGAAAGAGAAAUGGGGGAGGAAAAUAGUUUCUACAGAUUUAGCAACCAGCCAUGGAAAAGGCAAAGUUAUGUCUGAGCAUGUGUCUAAUCAGGCAGAGGAGGAUGACCAAGAAUGGGGUUCUUUAUCGAACACGGGUACCGAAAUUGUGGAAAGGAACAAUAUCCCCGGCUUUGAAAUUGCUCAGACUAGCGGAUCAGACUCGACAAUUGCCUAUCCUCCAAUGCUCAUCCGUCCAGGUUCGAGACAGAGAACGGAUGAUAAUUCUGAGCUGAUUACAUUCUAUCCUACCGGACCACCAAUCCCGUUUCUAACAAUGCUUCCACUGUACAAUACUUCUGAUGCAUCAAGUGGCCAUUUUGGAGGGGAAGAAAUCUUGGAGAGCAGUGAAUACGAUGCUUCGGAGGAUUUAAACCCUUCAAGUUCUUUGAGAGGGACAACCCCUACCGAAACUUCCGAAAAGAAAAAAACCGAUAUACUUAAUAGUGACUUUAUCAGCCAUUAUCAAAACUUGGAAUUUGGGAGGCGUUGUCUAAAUCCGCAAUACCAUGGUCCUGUAGUCUAUCCUUCCGCUUCACCUGUAAUGGUCCCUCCUGUUUAUCUGCAGGGCAGAUCUCCAUAUGAUACCCCUGGUAGACCUUUUCCAGCCAAUACAAACCUCUUCUCUCAGCUUAUGACGAAUUAUGGCCAGCGUAUGGUCCCUGUGGCUCCCAUCCAAUCAGUUUCUGGUCGACCUCCCAAUAUGUAUCAAUCCUAUGUUGAUGAUAUGCCAAGAUAUCGCAGUGGGACUGGGACUUACUUACCUAAUCCUAAGGUUUUUGUCAGGGAUCGACACGCGUCUGGUACCCGAAGGGGAAAUUAUAACCACGAGAGGACUGAUAACUACAGUGACAGAGAAGGAAACUGGAAUGCUAAUUCAAAACAACGAACUGCUGCUCGCAGCUAUAAUAGCCGCAGCAGCCAAACUGAUAAAUCAAACUCAAGAGCUGAUCGUGCGUCUUCUAGUGAAAGUCGAACUGACCGUUCAUACAGACAAGAAUCAAUUCCUUCCUACCAGUCACACAACAGCCCGUCGAGCUCAAAUCCUAGUCAAAACGGUCCUCAAAACGUGGCAUAUAGCAUGUAUCCUUUUGCAGCCACAAAUCCCGGUGGGGUUUCCAAUGGACCCUCUGUUCCACCUGUUAUGAUGUUCUAUCCGUUUGAUCAUAAUAAUGCUGCCAACUACGGUUCUCAGAGCGACCAGCUCGAGUUUGGUUCUCUUGGUCAAGCGGGCUUGCCAGGUGGCGAUGAGCAAUUGCAGCUAAACGAGGGAAAUCGAGCCAGGGUGCUUGAAAACCAUAGACUUUCACCAGACCAACCAUCUUCACCUCAUCAUCAAAGGAGGGUUUGAUGAAUUUCAAGCCGCGUGGAUUAAAGUGGCAAUCGGUUGAAGGACGAGGAUGUUGCACAUCUCAAACAUACUAAAAUCGUGGUGGAAAAGCCGAUUCCCAAACGGCAAAUUGAUUUUCACCACUAAUUUUGACCUUUUCCAACAUGUUAUUAAAGCUAGGUAUUGUAUUGUAUGUACCCUACGUUUUUACGGUUCAAUACAAGAAUGCUAUCCAUUCAGUGUGGUUCUUGUUUGUAAAAUCGGUAAAAAGUCCACUCUCGAGAGACCCGGAAGCAUGGAAAGGAAGGAGAUUAGCUAGCUGGCUGGCAGUUUGCUCAUAUUUUUCACAUUUUCAUAGGCUGUGUAACACACAUUGUAAUAACAUUGCACUUAGAGAUUAGUGUCUUUGAUUAUACUUUUGUUACUAGGAUAUUUUCUGAGGUUCCUUUACAGAAAUGUUGCUCAAUGAUAAAAUCCCUAUGUAUUAAUUAGCUUUAUCAAUGCCAGAAGAGAAAUUUAGGUGGCAA